CAUACCCGUAAUUGUUCGUUUGCUCCAAUCGAAAUUAAUUUACCAAAGGUAUGCCAGUCAGUGAGUGGUAACCGAACUGUAAUGAUCAUCGCAUAAAUAUUUUUCAACUGUGAACGAAAAUGGCGUUGUUGGCUGAAGUGUACUCACAUUUGCGUAUAUUUGUGUCGUAUGGACCGGGAUUAGCGUUUCUAUUAUUUCUGCAUGAAGCGAUUCGUGUGCGACGACCGGAUAUUGUCGAUAUAAACAAUCGAGUGCGCAAUGUUGACACUAGUGAACUAUUGGAAUCCUACGACUUCGUUGUAAUUGGGGGUGGAAGUGCAGGUGCUGUGAUUGCGUCAAGAUUGUCGGAAAUUGAAUCGUGGACAGUGUUACUUAUUGAAGCAGGGCCCGAUGAAUCGUUGCUAUCAGAGGUGCCACUUCUCUAUCCCACGCUGCAGCAUUCGCAUCUCGACUGGGAAUUUGAAACAGUACAAUCGGAUCGCUACUGCUUAGCAAUGGAUGGAAUUUGUAACUGGCCAAGGGGCAAGGUGCUUGGUGGAUCCAGCGUUUUGAACGCCAUGAUGUACGUGCGUGGCAAUCGGAAUGACUACGAUCGAUGGGCAAGUCUGGGCAAUCCUGGUUGGGAUUAUGAGACAAUGUUGUAUUAUUUCAAGAAAUCCGAAGAUAUGCGUGAUCCAGUGUUAUCCAAAAGUCCAUAUCAUGGUACCAAUGGUUAUUUAACCGUCGAACCGUUUCACGCAAUAACACCUAUUGGUGAUAUCUCAAUAGCGGCGUUUGAAGAGUUGGGUUUGGUCAAUGAAGAUAACGAUGUAAAUGGAAAAACUCAAACGGGAAUAACUCAAACGCAGGGAACAAUUCGAAAUGGCUUGAGAUGUAGCACGAACAAAGCAUUUUUAAGACCGGCACGUAAUCGGCCCAAUUUGCACAUUUCGUUGAAUUCGUUCGUUCAGAAAAUUCUUAUCGAUCCGAUUACACGUAGCGCUUACGGCGUACAAUUUCAACGUGAAAACCAACUGUUUGAAGUGCAUUCAACAAGAGAGACGAUUUUAUCGGCGGGCGCCAUUCAAUCGCCGCAAUUGCUAAUGCUAUCUGGUGUCGGACCCGCACCACAUUUGUACGAUCUGGGGAUUGAUGUGAUCAAAGAUUCACCGGGUGUUGGCGAAAAUCUACAAGAUCAUGUUGCAAUGGGUGGCGUUUUUUACUUAAUUCAAAAUCCAUUCUCAGAUGAACAACUUUCAUUAAGUGUGGCGAAAUUCGCGAAUCCAGAAACCAUUCGAAAUUUCGUAUUCAAUUCAGAGGGACCAUUGUAUGCUAUGGGCUCCGCUGAAACUAUGGCCUAUAUUAGUUCAAAGUAUCAAGAUCCAAGCGUUGAUUGGCCCGAUUUGCAAAUAUUUUUUGCAUCUUAUUCGGACGUUGCUGAUGGUGGUUUAUUCAGUCGUCGCGGAGCCGGAGUCACUUAUGAAUAUUAUUCACAAGUCUAUGAACAUGCGAUCUACAGGGAUAGCUUUGCUAUCAUUCCGCUUUUAUUGAGACCCGAAUCACGAGGUAAAAUUCUAUUAAAGAGCGCCGAUCCAAUGGAAUAUCCCAUUAUACAUGCCAAUUAUUUUGACGAUCCCAAAGAUAUUGACGUUUUGAUUGAAGGAUCGAAAUUCGGAUAUGAAGUGACAAAAACCAGUAUUUUCCGCGCGUUAAACGCAACAUUGAAUCCGGGCGUGAUUCCAAACUGCAGUGGAUUAGAGUUUUUAAGUGAUGAUUUUUGGCGAUGCCAGGCACGGCACUAUUCACAAACAAUCUAUCACCCGUCCGGAACGUGCAAAAUGGGACCUUCAAAUGAUCCAUUGGCUGUCGUCGAUCCACGCUUGCGAGUACAUGGGAUCAACAAUUUGCGUGUGAUUGAUACGAGCAUAAUGCCGUACAUCGUGAGCGGAAACACCAAUGCGCCGACGAUUGCCAUCGCGGAAAAGGGCGCUGACAUGAUCAAAGAAGACCACCUGUAUUAUGGCGGCACUGACUACUAAAAUAAAAAAAAACUUGCUCACUUAUAUUUGUAUAAAAGUUGAUUUUGUAUUUAUUUUGGAAUACUCGGUUGUCAUUGCAAAUAUAGAGUGUUCAAUGAAAUCAAAAA